AAUAAUCUUUAGAAAAACAUGGCAAUAUAAACUAGUAUUAAAAAGGUUUCAUCACUACCUCAAAAUUAUUAGCAACUUAGUUCUGAACCACAAUUUUUUUGUAGAGGUCCUGUUGAGCCACCUGUGACUUGCCAAAAGCAAAAAACACAAAAUUAAAAAAGACUUAGUUGAAUGCACGAGAAAUCACAGCUUAAACUCCUUUACAAUAAAUCCAUCCAACAACCAUUACCAUUUCUCAUAUCUCCCAAAAAAUCAUACUUCAAACUUAACAUGAUCAAACAAAAGUAUCACUUGUUCAUAACCCAACAUAUAUCCUGUAAGUUUAGAGAGUAGAUAUGAAAGACAUUGAUACAAAACGCCCGAGGAGGUUAGAUCUCAAUGCUCCACUCUUGUCAACCAGACGAUCUAACUUUACUCCGGCGACUGUUAGAGAUAUGAGAUCUAGCUUAGAACUAUCGCGUACAGGCUCCCUACGUGGUUUUUCUAAUAGGGUGCCCUUCUCAUGGGAGCAGAGUCCUGGCAAGCCUAAAUAUGCUAUAACAAGUGAUCAUAAUGGUGUGGAAGAAGGUAAUAAAGUCUUGCCUCUUCCUAAACCACCUCCAAUCCGUUGGCAAGAAGACGAGCCAACAUUAACCAACCACAAAGACGGUGACAAAGGAGACUAUGGUGAAGGUAUAGCUGACAACGUUGACAAGAAGAAGAACAACAACGACAACAAUGAUGAUGGGGGUAGUUUUUCGGAUGCUAUAGACUUGUUCUCCCUAGCAGAGUCAUUAACUACUAGCGAAAGACUCGAUUUGGAGAGUGAUUUUAAUGGAGAUAAUGGAUCAUUGUCACCAAAUUUCAUGAUCCAAAGAUUUCUUCCCGCAGCAACUGCAUUGGCUGCAUCAUCAUUGUCAGCUUUAGCAGCUAACAAAGAUAAAAACAAUCAUCCUAGUAGUGAUAAGAAAUAUAUGGGGGUGCUUUCGAACAGCAAUCAUUUUAGGGAUGGAUCAUGUGUUCCUAGAGUAGCAGGGGAAGCAUACUCUUCAACUAAAGGUUGUGGGUUUCAAAUCUUUUUUCCAUGGCGCGCUAAACACAGACUAUGUGGUGUUAAGAGUCCAGUGCGACGCGUUCAUGCCAACAUGAAACGUCAAAUUAGCCCAAGAAAGAAGUAAAAAGAAAUUUAAACUGGCAAGAUACACGAAUCUAAAGGUUCUCCUAUCUCAGGGAUAGAAAUAAGUAAUCAUAUGUAAUAGAUUAUUGUAUGUAACCAUUGUAGUGUCAAGAAAUGUAAGAUGUCCAUAUUAAUGGAAAAUAUAAUGUAUUUACACUAUAUUGAGCAAUUUGAGAUGAAAUUUUAAAUCUAGUUUCAACUAAUGCACAUCAACGUUGUGCAAAAUCUCUUAUACGAAGUUGUUUCAAAAAAAAAAUAUCUUAUACGAAGUAGGUUCAUAUGUGGUUCUUGUUUUCAAAAUUAGCAUUUAUAAUGGUACAUAUAAUUAAUCCCUAUAUGCUUAAAAUUAAUCCCUAUAAGGUAAGAAAAACACAAGCGUGUAUAUGAAAUAUAAAAAACUAAUUAGACUAUAUUCUCAUCUUUAUUCUAAUAAUAAACGAUAAAUAUUUGUUGGUGUAAAUUAAAAAGCCAAUGAGAAAAAAAUAUAUAUAUUUGUAAAAAAUUAUAUAAAAAAAUGUUGAUGAACUUAUGGAGUAGAUUUUAUUAUUCGUUUCAUUUAAAAUAAAAAAAUAAAAUUAAAGCCUUUUAUCAGUCUGGCUUAAGUUUGAACCUUUGAAGCCAAUUCUUUAAAAGAAAAAAAUAAAAUCAAGAGUAGUUUUCCAACAAAAAAAAUUAAGAGUAAUUUCAAAUUUUAUAGGGGGAAAAUUAAAACUAAAAAUCCCGCCUUUGUCCGGUCUUCUCAAAACAAUCCCACCUUUGACAUCAAUAUUCUAUUAACAGGCUAUGACUAGUUUUGAUGGGUUAGUAACCUAUUGGAGAAGGUAACAUACCACGUGUCGAUUUUCUAUUGGUCAAAAUAUUGAAAAAAAAAAAAAAAAAAAAACUCCUUCCCUCCUAGCCUUGUUCCAUUUCCUCCUUCCAUGGCUUCCCAACCACCUUCCCCUCCCUCUUCCAUAAAUACACCGUACCAUUGCUGCCCCACAAAUUGAUUGUUAAAGUAGAGAAAUCUUGGAGAAAACGGCUUAGCCUUUGCAUUGAUAAUUGACACAUAUAUAUAUACAAUACAAUAGGAAACCUAACAAGAUAAACUUAACAUAAAUACACCAAAACCGACUCUAAUACUCCCCUUCAAGUUGGAGCAUGCAAAUCGCGAAUGCCCAACUUGCGUGACAGAAAACCAAACUGCUGUCGUCCAAGAGCCUUGGUGAGAAUAUCUGCCAACACUAUUAGAAAGCAGGUCAUUUCCGACGGACGAGUUCCGACGAACACGUUAUUCCGCCGAAAAAACCAAAAUUUCUGACGGAUUUAUACUUCGUCGGAUAUUUCCGACAAAUUUAAUAAUUCGGUCAGAAAUCCAUCGGUAAUUUCCGACGGAAUAUAAAUCCGUCGGAAAAUAUGCACUUUCCGAUGGAUAUUUCCGUCGCAAAUUACUAUUUCCGACGGAAUUUAAAUCCGUCGGAAAUUUCUGACUCGGAAUGUAUUUUUUAAAAAAAUAAUUUAAAAUAAUAAAACCCUAAAUCCCUAAUGCAUCCCUACCCACUUUCUCUUUCCGCCUCCUAUCUUUCUCUCUCCUAUUCUCUGUUUCUUUUCUCCAUCUUUCCUCUUUCCUCUUCUCUUUUUGGCCUCUUCCUUCUCUCCUAUCUUUUGUUCUUCUUUCCCUUCGAUCUCAAACCACCACCACCACAUCUUUCUUUCUUCCCCUCCUAUCUCUAACCACACCUGCCCACAACACCGGCGCAACAACAACAACAAUAUCGGAAACUACAACAACACAGCUGCAACAACAACGCACAACCAUAACAUCCUUACAACAACAACGGACAACAACAACAACGACUUAACAACAUCCAGAUCUAGUUGUUUUUUUUUAAGUUUGAAAAUAGUUAUUUUUAAUUUCAUUGUAAUUUUAGUUUAUAAAUUUUGUUAAAUAAUUGUAUAUUUGUUUAUUUCUUUAAAUUUAUUGGGUAAUUUCGUUGUUUUGUUUUGGUAA